GCUCAUCGAGAAAAAUCAUUGGUCUAGGUUGGUGAAAAUAUGGUGUGAUUUUGAUUAUUUUUGGGGCAAUUUUGUGCUUCGAAGCUUCACGUGUGUAGCAACAAUAAUCUCUUCCAUACACCUCGUUCGAUAGAUCCGCGAAAAAUCCCUGUGAAUCGAAAUUAUCUUCGAAUUAUAUCAUGGACUGCUGCGAUUUGGAGUGUCCUCUCUGUAUGGAACCUUUGGAAAUCGAUGAUGUCAACUUCUAUCCUUGUACCUGUGGUUAUCAGGUGUGUAGAUUUUGUUGGCAUCGAAUAAGGACAGAUGAGAAUGGGCUUUGUCCAGCUUGUAGAAAGCUGUACACAGAAGACCCAGCUUCAUAUGAACCCCCUUCACAAGAUGAAAUUCAAAGAAUUCUAAAAGCAAGGAAACAAAAAGAAUGUCAGAAAAAACAGAAACCUUUUGAAAACAGAAGUCACUUGGCAAAUGUCAGGGUGGUACAGAAGAGUCUGGUCUUCAUUGUUGGACUCUCAACUCGUCUGGCAAAUGCAGAGCUUCUCUCCUCACAAGAAUAUUUUGGGAAAUUUGGAAAAAUUCACAAAAUUGCAAUCAACUCCAGUACAAAUUACGCUGGUCCCCAGGGACCAAGUGCAAGUGCUUAUAUCACAUAUCAAGACGAAGAGGAUGCCUUCGAAGCUAUUCGUGCAGUCAACGAUAUUUUCUUGGAUGGCAGAGCUUUGAAAGCAUCUCUUGGAACGACAAAAUAUUGUACAAAUUUUCUAAAAAAUACGAACUGUCCUAAAACAGAUUGCAUGUACUUACAUGCGUUGGAUAACGAUGGUGCUAGUUUUACAAAAGAAGAAAUGCAAGCAGGGAAACAUAUUGAAUACGAACAGAUGUUGCUAAACAAAUACGAACAGAAAAGAAAAAUUUCAAACGAAGGAAAUGAAAGAUGGCCGUCGAGUUCCCUGGACGAAUCUUCAGAACCAGAAUGUGGGCAGAACGAAGUUCAAAGUCAAACAAAACUAAUGAAUGGAGGUAGUCCCCCUCCAGGACACCAAGCACUAACUGGGGAUAGGAGGGAUAUCAAUGAACAACAGUACGAAUCUUGGGAUGAUGAAAUAACAACACGCACCAGUCCUAACAGUUUAAGACCAAUAGGCGCCGAGCAAAGAGCUACCACGUCUGGGGCGCUUGGACAUACCACAGAUCCGUUUGUUUCCCCGUAUCGAGGUUUAGGUGACAUAAAACCUAUCACUUCAGAUUUAACUGCAGGACUGGGUUUGUCUAAUUUACAUAUUGAAGGUGGCGGUUUACAAUCAGAAGAUGAUUUGGGAUUCGAUCCUUGGAACGAAUCACACAAGGGCUUAGAGAAUCUUAUCAACGAAGAAACUGUUAAUUAUUCCGACCAAUCAAACGUCAAUGCCACGCCACAGUUUGCAAACCAUGGAAUUAUUCCUGGAUCUCGUAGUUCUCUUCCACCUCCACCAUCAAACUGUUUGCCCACUGUAGAGGAAAUGGAAUUCCUAAGGAAUUGGAAAGCUGGUUUACAGGCGCUUCUACCGAACAUUAAUAUAAGUUUCGCAGACACAUUUUCUCCUUACCAAUGGCAUCCUGGAGAUGCAAAUGGCUCAAAUUCUCUGUUAUUUAACAGUCAACAUGGUUUCAAACCUUGCAGUACCUCUAACACCCAGAUACAUGAGGGUCGUCAUAUGCGACCCCCACCAGGUUUCGAGUCACCAAAUAACUCAUUUCUCGCCGUCAGAAAUCCAACGCCAGGAUAUCACAUUUCUCAUGGCGGUGUUGGUAAUCACCGGAUGGGACAUACGAGUAAGGAUACAUCUAGGUUGAUGACAGAUUUCCACGAUGAUGCAGUGUUGGGAAUCUACGGGAGAACAGAGCCAGGAACUCCACAAACUAACAUAGGACCUCUCAAUUCAAAGUUUCCCACAGAUUUCGGUUCCCAGACGACAGAUAAGUUCUAUUCAUCAAAUCUUCACUCACAGAAUAAAAUUGAAAUGGCUAGAAAUAGUUCCCGCAGAGAAAUACCGCGUAGAACGUGAUAAUCAAUAAUAACAGCUGCCAGCAUUUUGCCAUUCUAGUAUUAAGGUUAUAACAUUCAAGGUUGAUAUUAUUACUAUACCUAAUAAAGGCUUCCAUGAGAGUUCACCAUUUCACAUUUCUUAUGAAUCCUGGUUUCUAUUUUGUCGUAAUUGUCGUGAUCAUGUCGUUUUCACAUAUAUAGUACUAGGUGUACAAAUAUGAACCUCAAGGAAUGGCAAAUGCUGGAAGUUAAAUACAUUGAUUUCCUGUUAACGAGACUAAAGUUCCGGAAUCAAACAGACAAAUGAAUAGACCAUGACUUUUUAAGUCGUUGGUAAUGAUAAUAAAUAAAAUAUAUUUCUUACUUGUCGUCUGCAUUCCUUUAGGAUAGAGGCAGUGG